UAUUCUAUCUAGCCAAGGAGAGGCGCUGUAAUCACAGAUGACGAACUACCACUAAUUGUUGGAGGACUAUGUUGUAAAAUCUUUCAAUUAGUUAUAUUUCGAUAUAGUUCUAAUGUUGGGAGAUUUGGUCGAUUGCGCAAUUAACAACUUAACCGGAGGAUGCACCACUUCAACGACCCAAAACCAAAGGUUAUAUUGUUGUUGAGGACAGUGCCGUUUUAUUCUGACUGACUGGUUAGCUGCUAGCCAACAGUUGGAGUAGCUAGCUACCCAGCUAGCUAAUCUUAAAAAGUCACGUCUCCAGCUGGCCUGCUAACCUAACCUAAUUUACGUUAACAUUUAUUGUAAGGGAUAUAUCUCGCUAGUUUAGUGUUUUUCUAUGCGUUGUUUGUUUAGCCUUUGUGCAACCAUAGGAAUUGGGUGUCUGGGUGUUUUAUUAUAAGGUUAGCUUGCUAGCUAGCUACGAAUAGUCGCUUGCAGUAACUGGAGCCAAAAGUCUGACUUCAUUUAACAAAAAUGAGAUAGAAGGAAGACACCAAGUACAUUUCCCGCUGAUUUAGCGGCUCUGAAUUGGAGCGAAAGCUUUGUGUGUGAGGCCUGCAGGUCGGGCUUUCACCGAGCUAGAGUAGGGCCGUACGCCGCCUGUGAACACUCUUAGGCCAGCAGCUCGCGCUGCUAGGCUGGAGGCCGGGAAUUUCAAGAAAUGGAACGAAUGGAAGUGGACCAGUGCGCAGGCGCAACUACCGGGUGCGGAGGGGGGGCUCUUCGUAGAUCGAACAGCGCCCCCAUGAUCACAAGUGUCAGUGAUGGUAUGACAGUGUUCAGUCCAACUAGUUCAGCCCGGUAUCGGCGGAGCAGUGUCUCUGUGAAUCCCAGUUGCCCUUAUCGGGCCGUCCCCUUGUCCCCUUUCUCAUUGGGUGGUGAGAGACCAGACCACAAAAGGCAGGUUGAGAAUAUGGAGAUGACACUCAGGGGGAGUCUUCAGAGACUAAGUGCUUCCAACCUGGUCCCUCCUCCUGUCAGUCACUGGCAUGAUCAUUCAUCAGGGGGAUUCCUUUCACAGGACAGUGGUGUCACACCCAAUUCGUCCCCUAGUCCAACUCGAAGGUUUAGGGGGCCUACAGUCAGUUCUACUGUGAGAUGGCCUGCCCUGACUCCACUGAAAAGGAAAGGAGGAGUGGAGUCUGAUGGCCCGCCCAAGAAGCUGUUUGUUGCCGGGGUAACAGAACCUGCUCACCGGACUAGUUACACAGUCAGUGUGUCCCAGGCAUCUGUAGACUCUCCUACAGGUGGUGUGUCUGUGUGUGAUGCCAGUCCCCAGGGUAGUCCACUGUCCCUGUCUCCUCCCCCCUCUUACCAGCCCAACAUCUAGACACCACAACACCAGGAGCCUAUCAUAGACCAGGACUACAGUCAGCCUGUCAGGGCCCUGGAUCCCUCAACACAGCCCCACUCACCCAGUCCACCUAUCAUGGGAAUCAACUCAGUAAGCCUAUCAGAACCCUAGUUUCUACACAAUCUGCCUAUCAGGGAGCACUCCUCUCUCUCAAACCAUCAGAGCAUUGGGGAAACAUAUUCCUUGGCUCCUGAAGUAAUCAGAUCUGGAUUUGUAAUCAAGUUAAUUGAUAAUAUCUAGAUGUUAUACAAAGACUGGCACCCGUACUUUGUUAAUCAGAAGGUUGCAGGAAAUGCCCUGCUAAAGGAAGUUGGUGACCAGUGCAUUGUAAGGUAGUGUCAGGGUGAAGAGAUUGUGAUGACAAUGGGAAAGAACUUAGAAAAUCGUUUGACUAACUUCUGGGCUCACUUUUCGCUGUAGUUGACAUGUGGGUUGUGUUGUGAUAACCAAUGUCAACUAUGGUUGUAAUUUUCCUUGUUGCGAUUUUGUUUAUCCCAUAUCUAGAGGUGUUACUGGUACUGUAAAACAGAAUGAGUUCUUCCAAUAGUCAAGAAAAGGCCUUGUCUGAAGUUGUGUUCAGAGGUAACGGUGAGGGAAUGUUAUAUCCCACUGAACGGGACACAAUAGUCCAGUAUUCUUUGAUAGUCUAGAAGUUAGCACUCAAACAUGAGACAAUAAGUCACCACAGCGGACUGCCGAGCCGGUGGUGGCUCUGAGUUUGUCUAUAUGUGAAUAGUGUAUUGAUAUGUGAAUACGCGGAUAUGAGCAGGGCUGCCUUUAUGGCCCCUCACUUUCUCUGGCUGUAGGGGUUUGUACUGUAAAUAUAGAAUCCCCAAGCAAAGCUCUGCCCAGAGGUCCCUCCCAAUCCUGGUCCUUAAGGGCCCAAUCCUAAUUAUUGUUCUGCGUGGAUACUGGUAAUUCAAAAAUUUUAGCACAAAUCUGUCAUUGACAUGACAGAGCAAUUCCACUGUAUCAGAGUGACACAAACCACGUUUCCAUCCACAGUUUUUAUGCUUGUAAAGUCAUAUUGUAUAAAAAAAAAAAAUACGACAGCUGUGAUGGUAACAGGAAGUUUCAGUACAAUUUUCUAAAUGCCGACAGAUAAUUUGUUAAUUCGACAUGGUAGGAUCUUUUUUUGUCUGUAAAAUAAAUUAUGCAAGAAAUGGCUUUAUGCGCUAAUAUUGAUAUAAUAACCACAUCGAAGUAAACUUGGAGUCACACGAUGACGUGUGGUCCUCCCACUACAACUCAAGGAAACCAUGCAGUUUAUUAGGCUACAGAUGAAAUAAGUUAUGAACUUCACAGGGUGGGGAAAGUGCACGCUGCUCCUUUGUAAUAAAUAUAGAGAGUCUUAUUCUGGUGACAUGAUGAUCGAUACUUGACUGCCAUUUUGACAAAUAUAAAUAUUCUCGCUCUUAUCCAUAAUAAUCUCAUCAUGUAGAUUAACCUACCUGCAUUGUAUUGGCUAGAGCGCACAUGUCAAGACCAGAGUAGGCACAUUUGCUAUUUAACACAACUGUUUGUGACCAAAGUAUUGGUAGAGUUAAAUGUGAUGGAAACACAUUUUUAUUUUUAUUCGAUACAUGAAAACUUAAGCGAAAAAGUAUGUUUUGUGUGCACUGUCAUCACACACUGAUUAUUAUCUGCAACAAGUCAGUUUGGUGGAAACACCACCACCGUAUUUUAGAAUAUUCAAAUGAUAAUCUGUCACCAAUUGGAUGGAAACCUAGCUACAGACUCAGAUUUUUCUAUUUAAAAUGUCAAACAAAAACCAAUGAUUGCAAAGUUAAACACCAUACAACUCUAUGCACAAGGACUACUUUGAACAAUUUCACCUGAACAUUUUAUAAAAACACAUUUACUUGACGAAGGAAUCACCUCUUGACAGGUGUGUGUUCUUUAGUUAGAUAGAAAGGACCAGGACUGGGGAUCUCAGUCCUCUGGGUAGAGCGUGAUAUUACCCUUUCUCUAUAUGGGUACUUUAACAGAGGUAGUCUGUGGGGUGUUAACAUACAUUUUUUCCCAUGGAUUACAUUGCUGACUGGUCUUAUUCAAAUUCUGUAAUGUGGUAUGGUUAUACAUGCUCAGUACCCUGGUAGAUAGAUAUCAUAAGUGACAUCAAGGGCAUAUCAUGCUGUUUGGGUUGAUGUCAUUUAUGGGAAAGGUAUGUGGUUUUUAACCCCAUGACUAUGUGACCUCCAGACCUUUUGACUUGUGAAAUGUAUAGUCUAUAUAAGCUGCUUAGAGAAGUGUCUUAUACAAAAACAGAAUGUUAUCGACAGUAACUGUGUAAUACUCUUAAUUCAAAUGCCCUUUCCAGAGCUGAGUUUUACAGCAAUGGACAGAAAAUGUCUCCUUUUUGUAGACCUUCUACUUCCUAUUUUCAGUUUUGCACAGUAUUAGUUUCACAUUAUUAAUCAAUAUUGCUGUUACACGAAUGGGAUCAUAUCCUGAUUUUAAGACAUGCUGUUUCUUUGUAUAUUUCUUGCUUCAGUUGCUCGUUUCAUCAGGUUACUGUCUCUGUCCUGUCUCAGAGAAGUGCUUGGGUCAGCAAGGGUUGAGGGUCAUCUGCUGAUCUUAACCACUGAUUUUAGAUGAAGGAAUUUUGUUUUUCCUUAGUGACAAUCAGUGAAUUUGGAGGGAAAUAAAACCUCCAGUUCAAGUUAUAUUCAUGUUCACAAGACUGUAGUUAUAUUUUGACUGCAUACAUUGUUUAGAUUGACAACCAGCAUCACAGCUCCAUUUCUCGCCAAGGUGUAUGAUUGAGAUCCUUGUGUAGAUGAUCAAUCAACUCACAUUGCCAAACCCAAAUGAUUACCUUUUCAUACUCAUUGUACGACAGACUAGCUUUCAGACACAUGUAUUUGAUACUCUUUCCUAAUUAUGGGGAGAUAUCCUGUAAAUGCAUACUGAGUCAAAUGACAUGAACAUCCACAGAAGAUGCUGAUCUCUGUCUGAUAUAGCUAACUCCAUUUUAAUCUGCGGUUAACCUACAAGUAAAACUUGCAAUCAAAUGGCACUAACAUUCAAUGGUAGUUUCACCAAUCCCAUCCUUGUUGCAAAAGAUAAACUAGAGGGAAAUAAAUACAUUUGGACAUGAUCUGAAGCCAAAUAUAAAAUAUUUAAUCAAUCUGUUGAUGUUCAUUGUAGUUGACCCACAGGGUUUGCAUGCCUUAUCAGCAGUGUUUCCCAGUGUCCUGUCAUAUGAGACCACUGCCUGUAGGAGAUAGAUAUGUCACCUUGGUCAGACCCAGGCCUAGGAGACAAACAGAAGCCACGUCUGUCCGUCUCAAUUGCAAUACUUCAACCAGGAGACCAUCUGGUUGGUGCGAGUUCAGUUAAACACACUUCAUUUGUAUUGCCAUUUACUGAUUAUUUUAUUGUUUCCUUUUCAUUAUUGUUGCUGUUGUCAUUGUACAAAAUAUCACAUAAAAAAAAAGUGAACAGCCACAAUCUUAAAAAUGAUUGUUUUCCAAAUAUGACAUGUCAGUGUUAGAGGGCCCCUUUUCACCCUUUUUUAAAAAUGUUUGACUGACAAUAGAAUUAACAAAGAGAGAGAGAGGAGGAAAUAAAGAUGUUAUUGUGAGAAAGGGAAUUAAAGCACAUUGCCAGAACAUUCAGACAAGUAUUUUCAAACUGUAAAUAGCUUUGACAAGUCUCUACACAAAGAGAAGAUUGUAUUUUUAUGGAACUGUAAGCACAAGAAAGAGUGAGAAUGUACACCUUAAAUAUAAAUAUAUUGUAUUAUAUAUAUAUAUAUAUAAAUAAAAAUCAUGAUAAAAAGUCACUGUAUUAUUUUAGAAAA